GUUGCACCUUUAAACAACAGCGCUGUACAGUGUUUAUGGGUAAAUCAUUCCCAUAUAAAUUGUUUUUUGGUAGAUGGAGUAGAACUGAAUCAUUGAAAUGAUUCCUAAAACACAAGUUUCGAGCUGCUAGUAAUAAUUUGUCGUGUGAUCUUCGUAUUUCUCUACGGUCAGUGAUAGUAAAAUGUGAGACAAAGCAAUGGAUGUGGCACACAUUCUUCAGAAGAUGAAAAUCGGAGAUGCAGCGGAUUCCUGCUGCUCUGCUUUCAGGCGCAUUCAUGAGCGGCUCGAGCUGGAAGCAGCGCCGGAGGAGCAAGCGUUCAUCCUGGGGGAGACUGCGGAGCUGCUCUCGCUCGCUCCGCUCCACUGGCUCUUCCCUGAAGUGAACGCUGACCUACAAGGCCAGUAUUUGGGCUUAGUGAACUCAUUCACCCGUUACGCUGCCCUACCACUAUGUGACACAGACAGCGGCACUUUACCUGCCAAAAGUUACGAGGACAUACCGGCCAAAGCACAGGCUGUUAGUGCCGUAUUACUAGCGCUGUCUGCGCAGAUCCAGAAAGCGCUGGAGCAUCAAAACCGUCCAGACAUCAGGUCUCUAGUUCGCACACUAGCCCCCAGCUUCUGUAUAUUCUCCGUUACACACCUGCAGGAGCAGCCCUGGAGCAGUGCAGCCUCCAGAAACAGCGCUCGGGAGCUGCUAACAUCAGCUGUAGCACUGACGGGCAGCAGGUCAGUGCAGGAGCUGCUGUCUGGGGAACCUGAGGAGGGACAGAAAGGACUUCUGGGGCCAGUUCUUGACACACUGCAGCCUGAAUUAACCAAGGAGAGCUGGAAGCGUAACCAGGCAGUGAAGCAUGUGUUCUCCUGGAUGCUGGUGCAGGUUGAACGACCCUGUUUAACUGAGUAUUUGGAGAAGGUGUUUCCUACAUCUCUGCUGAUAUCUGAUGAUUAUCGCACAGAAAACAAAGUACUGGGUGUGCACUGCCUGCAUCACAUAGUUCUCAAUGUGCCAGCUGCUGAUCUGAGGCAGUUCAACCGAGCUCAGGUGCUCUAUCAUGCGCUCUUCAGUCACUUGCACACAUCUGAGGCUAUACUCAUACAGAUUGUGCUGCCCUGCCUUCUAGACUUACUGUCAAUCCUUGAGAAACCUCUAGUGUCCUCAGGCUUACCACGCAAACGAAAUCGCUUUGACAAUGUGCUCCGGCACAUCUUGACAUACAUGGAAAUGGAGCACAAGCUUGACCUUCGUCGUGUUUAUGCCAAAAAUCUUGUCUUAUUUAUUGAGAGGAUGGGUAUAGUAAUCAUUCGUCACCUGAAGAGGCUGGAGAGGGUGAUUGUGGGAUACUUAGAGGUCUCAGAUGCUCCAGAGGAGAAAGCCAGACUAAGUAUCCUGGAUGCUCUGCAAAAAACUCUACAGAUUGCUUGGCCACGUAUGGAGAAGAGGAUGGGUUCACUAGCUCAGAGUCUUCUGAGGUUUCUGGUUGACAUCUCAUCAGAGUCAUUACCCACCCCACUGAAAGAGCAGCUCAUGUCCCAAGCGUCCCACUGUUUACUGCUGCUCGACCACUGCUCAAAGGGAAAAUUACAGACUCUUCUGAGAGAGCUAGACAGCAGUUGUUUGCCUGAACCUGUGUUGAAGUGUAUCCAGAAAAUCACUGCAGCACCUCUGUGUCCGUAAGCUGUCAAGAGUUUUUGCCGCUUUUUGAGGUGACGUUGGCUCAGUAGAAACUGAUUCAGUGAUCAGUUCACUACGUGCUAUGCACAAAAUACACUGUGUGGUAUCCAGGGGAACUGGCGUUUUUUGUUUUGUGCAAAAAUAAAAAUUAUACAACCUCAAAGAUACUUUGAUUUGCAGGCUGUUUUGAACAUGCUGUAAAACUGGGACAUUUCCGGGGAUACCAAAAACCAGGUCUUUCAUCCUACUUUUAAGAUACUUCAUUAAUGCAUGCCUUAAGUUAGAUUGCUAACAGCAUAUAACUGUUAAUGAAGGUUUUAUUUCUUCUUUGGCACAAUUUUGGCCUCUUCAGUGGUCAGCAUUUCCACUUCAGCUGUGCUCAGUGUGUUGUUGAGGCAGUUAAGCACUCAUGUUUGGGCACAAUUCGAUUUCGGAACAGUAACAUACCAGUGCUGUCAAACAUUAGAACUACUUA